AUGGAACAAAAUGAAGAAGCACAAAUAAUUGCAGCAAGAUCUUUAAAGGGUUUCAAAAAGCUAAAAGAAAUCAUUUAAUUCGGGUUGCAUUGCAUUUUAUUUUAUUAAUAGAAACUUACAUAGGCUUAGAGGCUUGUAUUUCAGAAUUUUAUGUUACUUAUUGAUUAUAAGAAUUUUAGUCAACCUUAUAGAAAAUUAUUCUUCAAUUAAGUGAAUCUAAGAUGUUUAAAAGGAUAUAAUGUAUAUCUACUGUGUUAAAGGAUGGAAUUAAAAGGCCAAUAUUAGAUAGGGCUCGUUUAUUAUGUUCCCGAUUCAGCUCAUGAUAUUAGACAAUUAAUUUCAAAUUUAUUGCUUAAUAUUUUGAUUUGCAACUUAUCAGGAGAAUUAGUGGAAUAAUUUGUUAUAAAUUUUAUAUAGAAAUGGUGA